AUGGCAGCUGCCAAAAUUACCGUUAAAUCAAGGAGUUACGCUAAGAUUUUAUUACAUGCAGCUAAGUAUCCCCAUUGCAAAGUGGAUGGCCUGCUCAUCGGUAAAUUAACUAACAAUGGACGCGAUGCCUUGGCUACUGAUGCGAUACCUUUAUUUCAUACUAGCCAUGGCUUAACUCCUAUGCUAGAAAUAGCCCUUAGUCAGGCCGAGGCUUAUGCUGAAUCUCAGAAAUUGUCCAUUGUCGGAUAUUAUCAAGCGAAUGAACAGCUAUCAGAAUCACAUACGCCGGAUGCUUUUGCUAUAAAAAUCGCCGAUAGGAUAUUGAGCUGUUGUAAAUAUUGUAGUUUGAUGAUGGUAGACAAUUGUAAAGUUUCUUUGUCAUGUCAAGAAGACGCACUAGUUUGCUACAAUAAUAUAGAAGGGAAAUGGAAGAAAGACUCUCAAUAUUCUUUAGAGCAUCCUAAUGAAACGUUGCCAGCAUUAGCUAAGCUUAUGACUGGUAAAGCAUACAAGAAUUUAAAAGAUUUCGAUAACCAUUUGGAUGAUAUUUCCGUAGAUUGGCUGAACAUUAGCAUAAACAAACAGAUUACAGAAGCUAUGUAA